AUGUUUGUAGUUCUGCAAGAUAAUGGAACAUACUCUUACAAAACUAUAGCAGACCUUAAGUCACGGCUUCGAAAACUAGAGAAUGAAGAAUUUACCCCAACGGAUCAAUUGGUGGGCAAGGCAAUGAACUUUAUUAAUUCAAAUAAAACUAUGAUGGGCCUUAUUGCAGGAGAAUUGUGGAAUGUAGGUACAAAAGCAAUGGAUAGAAUUGUGGAAGUGAAAACAAGAAUGUCAGGACGUCAAGCAGAGAAGAAGGAGGAGAGAAGAGAAAAGUAUAAUGAAGAAUAA